CCGGAGCCAUGCUGCUCAUCCGAUCCCGAGAACGCACAUCGAUCUCGCCCCACGGCCACCGACCGGCCAUCAUCACCACCACCAUCAGAUCAUGGCCCUGCUGCUGCCGCGUCGUUCCCUGCUGCUUCUGUUGCUGCUCGCGGUGCACGCCGCCGCGGCCUCGGCCUCCGCGGCGCUGCAGCUCCACUUCUACGCGCGGUCGUGCCCCCGCGCCGAGGCCCUCGUCCGCCGCGCCGUCCGCCGCCGCGCCGCGCACGACCGCUCCGUGCUCCCCGCGCUCAUCCGCCUGCAUUUCCACGACUGCUUCGUCAGGGGAUGCGACGGCUCCGUGCUCAUCGACAGCACGCCGGGCCACCCGGCCGAGAAGGAUGCUCCGCCGAACCUGACGCUGCGGAUGCUGGACGUGAUCGACGACGCCAAGGCGGCGGUGGAGAGGUCGUGCCCGGGCGUCGUGUCGUGCGCCGACAUCGUCGCGCUGGCCGCCAGGGACGCGGCGGCGAUGGCGGGGAAGGUGCGGUACGAGGUGCCGACGGGGAGGAGGGACGGCACCGUGUCCGCCGCCGCCGAGGUGAACCUGCCCAGCCCGUCCGCGUCGUUCGCCGAGGCUCUGUCGGCGUUCCGCGCCGUAGGCCUCGGCGUGCUCGACCUCACCACCUUGCUGGGCUCCCACACCAUGGGGUUCUGCCACUGCGGGCUCAUCACGAGCAGGCUCUACAGCUACAACCGCACCUGCGAGUCCGACCCGGCCAUGGACCCCGGCCUGCUGGCCGUGCUCCGGCGCCGGUGCCCGCCGCACGUGGCGACGCCGCCGCAGAACCAGAACGUGUCCCGCGACGCGGUCGUGCCCAUGAACUUCGUCGCGCCGCUCGGCCCGUUCGGCCUCGACAACGCGUUCUACCCGAGCGUGCUCGCCGGGAGAGCCGUGCUGCAGGUCGACCAGGAGCUCGCGUCCUCCGGCGUCGCCCGCCGGAUCGUGGCCAUGUUCGCGACGCGGCCGGGGAACUUCCGGAGGCAGUUCGCGAGGUCCAUGGUGAAGCUGGGGAGUGUCAACGUUCUCACGGGGAGCCAAGGGGAGGUCAGGCUCAACUGUCGAAGGUUUAACAGCUGAAGUGAUGGAUCAGAAGUUCAGUGUCAAUGCGAAAGAGCAGAUAGUAAACUGUUUCUCGUUGUUUUCUAUUCAUAUAGCCAUACAUAUAUGUAACAGCAGUUGUUGUAAGUUUGUAACAAUCCUGAGCAGCAGAGUGUUCCUCUGCUUGUGUUGAACAAUAACCUGCAGAGUUAAACAGUGUGCAGGAUGAUACAGUUUGGGAGAAUAGUAAUUAAG